UCAUAUGCCGCGUGAGUCCAUCCUAGCCAAUCAGAUAGCGAGGAGGAAAUCACUUCCUGGAUUCUGUCCACUUAUCAGCACGGUGGACUGUCACGAGCGCCUUCUCUGUCGACCGAACGAGAGAGAACACUACCCUUGCACACGGUUAGGCCUGAUAAAGUUCCAGAACCAUGUCGAUCCUGAAGAUUCAUGCUCGUGAGAUUUUCGACUCCCGUGGAAACCCCACCGUGGAGGUCGACCUGUACACCAAGAAAGGUCUGUUCAGGGCCGCUGUCCCCAGUGGUGCCUCUACUGGUAUCUAUGAAGCUCUGGAGCUCCGUGACAACGAUAAGACGCGCUACCUGGGCAAAGGGGUGAAAAGGGCUGUUAAACAUAUUAAUGAGUUCUUGGCCCCAGCUCUGUGUAACCAGAACGUCAACGUCCUGGAGCAGGAAAAGGUUGACAAGCUGAUGUUGGACAUGGAUGGCACAGAGAACAAGUCUAAGUUUGGUGCCAACGCCAUCCUGGGCGUGUCCCUGGCUGUGUGCAAGGCCGGUGCUGCUGAGAAAGGUGUCCCCCUUUACCGUCACAUCGCUGACCUCGCUGGCAACCCCAAUGUCAUCCUUCCCGUCCCUGCCUUCAACGUGAUCAACGGAGGUUCCCACGCAGGCAACAAGCUGGCCAUGCAGGAGUUCAUGAUCCUCCCUGUAGGAGCCAGCACCUUCAAGGAGGCCAUGAGGAUCGGAGCCGAGGUCUACCACAACCUGAAGAACGUCAUCAAGAAGAAGUACGGCCAGGACGCCACUAACGUGGGAGACGAGGGAGGCUUCGCCCCCAACAUCCUGGAGAACAAGGAAGCUCUGGAGCUGCUGAAGGAAGCCAUUGGCAAAGCCGGCUACACCGACAAGAUCGUGAUCGGCAUGGACGUGGCCGCCUCCGAGUUCUACAAGGACGGGAAAUACGACCUGGACUUCAAGUCACCUGACGACUCCAGCCGUUACAUCACCCCAGACCAGCUGGGAGACCUCUACAAGAGCUUCGUCAAGGAUUACCCAGUGGUGUCCAUUGAGGAUCCCUUCGACCAGGAUGACUGGGCGGCAUGGUCCAAGUUCACGGCGGAGACCAGCAUCCAGGUGGUGGGUGAUGAUCUGACCGUCACCAACCCCAAGCGCAUCGCCAAGGGUGUGGCCGACAAGGCCUGCAACUGCCUGCUGCUCAAGGUCAACCAGAUUGGCUCCGUCACAGAGUCCCUGCAGGCUUGCAAGAUGGCCCAGACAAACGGCUGGGGAGUGAUGGUCAGCCAUCGCUCUGGAGAGACAGAGGACACCUUCAUUGCUGACCUGGUUGUCGGUCUCUGCACUGGACAGAUCAAGACCGGUGCUCCAUGCAGGUCUGAGCGUCUGGCUAAGUACAACCAGCUGCUCAGGAUUGAGGAGGAGCUUGGAGACAAGGCUGUUUUCGCUGGCAAAAACUUCAGGCACCCAAUCUAAGGAGGUUUUCUAUCCUUGGGCCUUCUUGAUUUCAUCCUGCAUACAUACAGUACACACACACACACACACAUAAAAGCCACGCUAGGUCGCUCGCCCUGUCCUGUCCUGUCCGGAGGGGGGGAGAUGGAACGGCAAUGAAACCUAAGGUCCAAGUGUGUCCAGGAAACCCUAAUCUAACUCUCACUGCAGUACACCAACCCGUCUUCUAUGAUUUGGCUCCUCGGUAGUGUCGGUCCUUUAUUUGUGUUAGUGUAACGUUGUCGUGUGAAGACAAGUUUUUUUUUUGUUGUUGUCUGGCUUCUUGUGAGUUGUAGUGAUUCUUGGUAGCCUCCUACUGAGUACUAUUAUUCUAGUGAAGAGCUACUUUUUAAGUUUAGCACUGUGCUGUUAUUGAGACAAGAGUAUUGUAUGUGCAAUGUGUCGCCUCUGAAGAGGUUCCUGGUGUUGCUACUGUAAACGUUGGCAGAAUUACAAGAAAUAAACAAGAAAUAAACAAUCGCCUAUGAAACGGACCAGAGAUGUCA